UACGAAAAUGUCAUCCCAAAAUAAAUUUGCCCAACUCUAUGCUUAAUGAACUUAAUCAUUGGUGGAGAAUAGGAUCAAUAGACUUCAUUAUCGGUGGAGAAUAGUCUCGGGCUGAAUUCGUGAUAUGUAGCCUCCAAAAUUGAAAGAAAAUAGCAUUUCGGAAAAAUCGCCCGAAAUCUGUGAUGGUACCCAUUUGGAAUCUGCCAAAAAUGGACCCGGAAAAAAUCAGCCUGAAUCCGUGUUUAAUGGACUUACUCGUCAUUGAAAAUAGACUCAGACCAAAUCCAUUAUCUGUAGCUUUCAAAAUCCAUGAAAAAUGGCAUUUCGAAAAAAAAAUCACUCAAAGAAUUACGAAAAUGUCAUCCCAAAAUAAAUUGGCCUAAUUCUAUUCCUAAUGAACUUAAUCAUUGGUGGAGAAUAGGAUCAAUAGACUUCAUCAUCGGUGGAGAAUAACCUCGGGCUGAAUCUGUGAUCUGCAGCCUACAAAAUCGAAAGAAAAUAGCAUUUUGGAAAAAUCGCCCGAAAUUUGUGAUGGUACACCUUUGGAAUCUGCAAAAAUGAACCCGGAAGAAAUCCGCCAAAAUCCGUGCGUAAUGGACUUACUCGUCGUUGAAGAAUAAAAUGAGGCCGAAUCCGUGAUCUGUAUUUUUCAAAGUCCAUGGAAAAUGGUCUUUCGAAAAAAAAUCGCCCAAAGAAUUAUGUAAAUUUCAUCCCAAAAUAAAUUGGCAAGAUUCCAUGCCUAAUGGACUUAAUCAUUGGUGGAUAAUAUGAUCAAUAGACUUCAUUAUCGGUGUAGAAUAGGCUCGGACUGAAUUCGUGAUCUGUAGCCUCCAAAAAUUUCAUUUCAGAAAAAUCGCCCGAAAUCUAUGAUGGUAUCUUUUUAGAAUCUACCAAAAAUGGAUCCGGAAGAAAUUCGCCCAAAUCCAUGCAUAAUGAAGUUACUCGUCAUUGAAAAAUAAUCUUAGGACAAAUCCAUGAUCUCUAGCAUUCAAAAUUUAUAGGGCCUUUCGGAAAAAAAAUCGCACAAGGAGUUACGAAAAUGUCAUCUCAAAAUAAAUUAACCCAAUUCUAUGUCUAAUGGACUUAAUCAUUAGUGGAGAAUAGGAUCAAUAUAGAGAGGGUAGUCAAAAAAAUUCUCAUCACUGUCUAUAUAAUAAUGGACCCAAAUAAUAUUGUUGUCUCACCUCACCAUGGAACAGUUACAGAAGCACUUAUCCUUUUCUCCGUCGACCGACAUCCCGUUGCUCCUCCUCACAUUUACGGCCAUCCUCCUGGCAACCAGCUUGCUCCGGAAGUCCAAAAUCCCGCCGAUGCCGCUGCCGCCGCCGGGCCCAUGGAAGCUCCCGAUCGUAGGCAACCUCCACCAACUGGCGCUGACCCCGUUCCCGCCGCACCGCCGCCUCCGCGACAUGGCCGAAAAGUACGGCCCCGUGAUGCAGCUCCAGCUCGGGGAGUUGCCUCACGUGGUGAUCUCCUCUCCGGAGGCCGCCAGGGACGUCCUGCAAACCCACGACGCGGUCCUCGCGUCGCGGCCGUUCGUCCUGGCUGCCGACAUCUUCUUCUACGGCCGCACGGGGAUCUCAUUCACCCCGUACGGCGACUACUGGCGGCGGGUCCGCAAGAUCUGCGUGAUGGAGCUGCUCAGCGACAGGCGCGUCCUCUCUUACCGCGCGGUAAGAGAGGACGAGCUGUGCGGCAACAUGGUGCGCCGCGUGGCCGCCGCCGCUGCCGCCAGCUGUGCUAGCCGCGAAACCACCAGCACCGUGGAUCUCGGAGAGAUCCUGUACUGGGCAUCGAAUCGCGUGAUCACCAGGUCGGCUUUCGGCGCGUUGCGUGAGAACACCGAGUCCUUUCUGGCCGUGGUCAACAGUAUGUCCGACGCACUCAGCGGUUUGAGCAUCUGUGAUCUCUACCCUUCCAUCAGGUUUCUUCCGUGGCUGACAGGGUUUCGAGCUAAGCUCACCGCGUUGCAUCGAGAAGCGGAUCUUAUACUCGAGGAGAUAAUCAACGAACACCGAGCCAGAAGGGGUAACAGUGACGAUCGGUCAGCAGCAGUGGUGGACGAUAUCCUCGAUGUUCUUCUGGAUCUCCGGGAAGCAGAUUGUAAUAGCUUGGAAUCUCCAUUGACGAAUGACAACAUCAAAGCAGUAGCUACAGAACUAUUCCUCGCCGGCAGCGGGACUGCGUCGGUAACAAUAGAGUGGAUCAUGUCUGAGAUCAUGAGAAAUCCGAGAGUACUGCGGAAAGUGCAAGAAGAAGUUCGACGAGCAUUCCGUGGGAAGGGAAAAGUUGAUGAGCAAGGGCUCGACGACUUGAAGUACAUGAAUGCAGUUAUCAAGGAGGUUUUGAGGUUGCACCCUGACGGCCCGUUACUAGCUCCGAGAGAAAGUCAAGAGGAUCUGGUUGUCGCUGGAUAUCUGGUUCCAGCUCGAACCAAAGUUAUGGUUAAUGUCUGGGCAAUCGGGAGGGACACGCGCUCCUGGGGUGCUGACGCCGAGAAAUUCAAUCCCGAAAGAUUUCUCGAUUGUUCGGUGGACUAUAAGGGAAGAGACUUUCAGUUCCUCCCGUUUGGUGGGGGGCGGAGGAUAUGUGCAGGAAUUUCUUUCGGGAUGGCUAUUGUUAAACUCGGGCUAGCAAAUUUACUUUAUCAUUUUGACUGGAAACUUCCCGGUAAAAUGAAACCUGAAGAUCUGGAUAUGACGGAACGAUUUGGACUGACAUUACGUAGAAAGAGUCCACUGUGCUUGGUUCCCGUUGCAUUCGAUAUUCCUGCUCCGUGACUUUCUUUGUAUCCUUUGGCUAGCAGUUUCGUUUCUUUCUUCAUUUUGGCUCUAGUUUAGCUUGCUCGUUUUUCUCCGAAUUAAGGGGCAUGCCCUUGAUCCUUGUCACUUUUAUUUCGGGAAACUUUUGUGUUUUACCAAUCAUACCAUACAAAAAAUCUUUUGUUAAAUGAUAACAGAAAUAGUACGACACUUAUGAAUUAAUUCUUUUUUUGAUUAAUUAAAAUGCAGGACGAAAGAUGAAAAGAAAAAGACAAAUAUUGAAACAUCAAUCAUACCAUGCUACUAUAAUUUUUUGUACUUUGCCAAUCAUUCCAUGAAAAAUAUAAGGAAUUCAUUAAGAAUUAAAAUAAUUAUCUUAACUAUAUUUAAGCUAGUGAAGAAAUCACUACCACUUGCAACUUGGUAGGUGGGUGGGUCACAGGUUUGUGUUAUUCACCACUAUACAAUUCAAUAAUUCAUUCUCAACCCUUAAAUCAAUCUAAUGGAUGAAUUUAUAUGAUUUUGUUGAAUAUGAUUAGUAAAUUAUUACAACACCAAAGUAAAACUCGUAUUUAUUUUCUUUGCUCCAGCUGGUUUGAAUCAGUGCAAUCCUAAUCCCAGCAAAGAUGUGAUUGCACGAAAGAGAUUGCAAAAGAAAAUAAGGUCGUUCGA